GAAUCUUCCCCUCCUUCCUCCCUCAACCUAAUAGCAACUGAGCCGGACCUUUGGAGAAGCAAAAAACCCCCCAAAACCCAGCUGUCCCCUGCUGGCUCUGCCUCUGUCCCAUUUGGCCCCUCUCCCUGCUGGCCUCUUUCCCUCUGGGAAUCUCCAAGGCUAGAGCUGCUCUGCUGACCACUGUCCGGCCUUCUCCCCCUCUGCCUUUCCACUACUGGGGCAUCUCUCCUCCUCUUCCUCCUCCUGCUCUUCGUCCUCGACAGUCACAUUUUUCCCGCGCCCUACCUGGACCCCGAGAGGAGGAAAGUUGCGGGCGGCUGGGGUGGACAGGUAGGGAGCCCGAGGAUGGGGCCCUGCCCGCCGCCCUGGCCUUUCCUCGCCCUGGCUCUGCCCCUAGUUCUGCCCCUGGGGGUCCUCGGCUUCACGGACGAGACGCUGGAGAAAGUGGCCAAGUCCGAGGGCUACUGCAGCCGGAUCCUUCGAGCCCAGGGCACCCGCCGAGAGGGCUACAACGAGUUUAGCCUCCGGGUGGAGGGAGACCCGGAGAGGUACCAGCCAGGACACAGCUACCGAGUGACCCUCUCUGCUGCCACACCUUCCUACUUCAGAGGCUUCACACUGAUCGCCCUUAAAGAGGACCGAGAAGGAGACAAGGAAGAAGACCAUGCCGGGACCUUCCAGAUCAUUGACGAAGAAGAAACGCAGUUCAUGAGCAACUGUCCCGUGGCUGUCACAGAGAGCACACCACGCCGGAGGACCCGCAUUCAGGUUUUCUGGACUGCUCCACCGGCCGGGACGGGCUGUGUGAUACUGAAGGCUAGCAUUGUGCAGAAGCGCAUAAUUUAUUUCCAAGAUGAAGGGUCUCUCACCAAGAAACUCUGCGAGCAAGAUGCAAGUUUUGAUGGAGUGACCGACAAACCCAUUCUAGAUUGCUGUGCCUGUGGGACUGCUAAGUACAGACUGACAUUUUAUGGAAAUUGGUCCGAGAAAACACACCCAAAAGACUACCCAAGACGAGCCAACCACUGGUCAGCGAUCAUCGGGGGAUCUCACUCCAAGAACUACGUGCUGUGGGAAUAUGGCGGCUAUGCCAGCGAAGGAGUCAAGCAAGUGGCCGAGCUGGGCUCACCGGUGAAAAUGGAGGAAGAAAUUCGGCAACAGAGUGACGAAGUUCUGACCGUCAUUAAAGCGAAAGCGCAGUGGCCGGCUUGGCAGCCUCUCAACGUGCGAGCGGCCCCAUCGGCAGAAUUUUCCGUGGACAGGACUCGGCACCUGAUGUCCUUCCUGACGAUGCUCGGCCCGAGCCCGGACUGGAACGUGGGCUUGUCGGCGGAAGACCUCUGCACCAAGGAGUGCGGCUGGGUCCAGAAGGUAGUCCAGGACCUGAUCCCGUGGGACGCUGGUACUGACAGCGGAGUCAGUUAUGAGUCACCCAACAAGCCUACCAUUCCUCAAGAGAAAAUCAGACCACUGACCAGUCUGGACCAUCCCCAGAGUCCUUUCUACGAUCCAGAGGGAGGUUCCAUCACACUUGUAGCAAGAGUUGUCAUCGAGAGAAUUGCUCGCAAGGGGGAACAGUGCAAUAUCGUGCCUGAUAAUGUUGAUGACAUUGUGUCAGAUUUGGCUCCCGAAGAGAAAGACGAAGAUGACACCCCCGAAACCUGCAUCUAUUCCAACUGGUCCCCGUGGUCGGCCUGCAGCUCCUCCACCUGUGAGAAGGGCAAGAGGAUGCGACAGCGCAUGCUGAAAGCGCAGCUGGAUCUCAGCGUGCCCUGCCCUGACACACAGGACUUUCAGCCAUGCAUGGGCCCGGGCUGCAGUGAUGAGGAUGGUUCCACGUGCACUAUGUCCGAAUGGAUCACCUGGUCUCCGUGCAGCGUCUCCUGCGGCAUGGGAAUGCGAUCCCGGGAGAGGUAUGUCAAGCAGUUCCCUGAUGACGGCUCCAUGUGCAAAGUGCCAACGGAAGAGACGGAGAAAUGUGUAGUCAACGAGGACUGCUCUCCCAGUAGCUGCCUCCUGACAGAAUGGGGAGAAUGGGACGAAUGCAGUGCCACCUGUGGAAUCGGACUAAAAAAGCGCCACCGGGUGAUCAAGCUGAGUCCAGCCGAUGGAUCUAUGUGCAAGGCCGAGACCAUGGAGAUGGAAAAGUGCAUGAUGCCCGAGUGCCACACCAUCCCAUGCAUGCUGUCGCCCUGGUCCGAGUGGAGCGACUGCAGCGUGACCUGUGGGAAGGGCCUGCGGACGCGGCAGAGGAUGCUCAAGUCACUGGUGGAGCUCGGAGACUGCAACGAGGAGCUGGAGCAGGUGGAGAAGUGCAUGCUGCCCGAGUGCCCAAUCGACUGUGAGCUGACCGAGUGGUCCCAGUGGUCUGAGUGCAACAAGUCGUGCGGGAAAGGCCAUGUGAUCCGGACACGGAUGAUCAAGAUGGAGCCGCAGUUCGGUGGGGCUCCCUGCCCCGAGACCGUGCAGCGGAAGAAAUGCAGGAUCCGGAAAUGCCUGCGGAAUCCAUCCCUCCAGAAAAUGCGCUGGCGAGAGGUGCAUGAGAACCGGAGGAGCAACCACGGGAAAGAGGAUAGCGACGGGGAACAGUACCCAGGUUGCCGAAUGCGGCCAUGGACAGCUUGGUCGGAAUGUACCAAACUCUGUGGGGGAGGAAUUCAGGACCGCUUCAUGAUCGUAAAGAAGAGGUUCAAGAGCUCCCAGUUUACCAGCUGCAAGGACAAGAAGGAGAUCCGAGCAUGCAAUGUCCACCCCUGUUAGCAAAGCCCGGGGCCUCAGAGGGACACCGCCUGCACAAAAUGGAAAGUCAACCUUGAUUUGUUUUUUUUUAAAAAAAACAACCUAUAAAGCGUGGAUAUUAGUCUUCA